UUCUGAACAAGGCUGUUUGUUAGGGAGUUGACUUAGUAAAUUUAAUUCUGAACAAAAAAGUGAAUUGACUUAGUAAAUGUGCAUGCUUAAUUUCAUUCCUUUGAACAGUUUGAUGUUAAGGGAACAUUGUUGUGUAAGUGUUGUUGACAGCAGCACACAGACAUUGCUACUAGUGAAGGAGCCUUUGGAUCUCAUACGACUCAGUCUCGAUGAACGUAUCUAUGUCAAACUCCAUUCUGACAGAGAGCUUCGUGGCAAGCUUCAUGCUUAUGAUCAGCAUCUUAAUAUGAUUCUUGGUGAUGUUGAAGAAAUUGUUACCACUGUUGAAAUUGAUGAUGAGACAUAUGAAGAAAUUGUUAGGUUUCAACAGAAAUCAAGUGAAGCUUUAAAGGAUGAUCCUACAAGCUCACUCUUGAUACCUUGCAUCUUAGGAGAUGAGAUAUAUUUGGCAAUGAAGAAAAUAAUAGGUCUUGUGUCCUCCUGAUACAUACAUAAGUAA